AUGAGACGAUUCCGGAAUUUGAAUGAGGUCACUGGCCUUGCUGCCGCUGUUUUGGUAGCUGUUGCCAUUUUGGGAUGUCAUUCCUCAUUCGGGCAACCAGCCUCAGAUGGCCCUAAGCAAGAUGUUGCUGACGCUCAAGUAUGCGAUGACCAACCCGGACCCUCCAACCCUGGGGUCACCUUGACCCUGCAUCCAAAUCAAAAAGCUGUGUCUUUCAAGUGCACCGAAACACGGAUUGCGAAGCUUUAUCCAACGAGCUCAAGCCAAAAUGUCUGUGUCGACCCCAACUGCGACACACCACAGUCGCUGAACCAGGCGUGCCCUGGAGCCAGAUUAACUGAGGUUCCUGCAGAUGGAGACGGGAACCACACGCCCAAAACGUUUACGCUCACUGUCCCAGAAAAAAGUAGACCGGAAAAAGAUCUGCACUACAAAUGCAAACUGACGGAUAUACCCAAGCAUUCAGAAGGAAGAGACCGUAUUGCGGAAAGAGUAGCAGGAGGCGGAGGAGGCGUGGGUGGAGUGCCACAAGCACAGACCGAGAUAGACUGCGUAAUCACGAUCAAAGUCAAGUCAACCCAGCAAGAGCACGUGCCGGAAAGUCAAGACCAGUCUGAUAGCCAAGGACCGCCCCAUACAGACCAACCGAACUCCCAUGCGGUUAUCACUGAAUGCAACAAAGACACCGAAACGGCUAACCUGUCGGCUGAAAAGCCUCUCCAGUUCAGAUGUCAAAAGGGUCAUGUGCUGCGGCCAUCAUCGAUCACAAACGUUUAUGACAACAACGACGGGCAGUGCACCAAGGAGGUUCAGCUUUCUUCCAUUUUGAAGGCGACACUGAAGCCGCCAAAGUCCCAGGUGGAAGAAGGUGAGGCGACAGACUACUACGAGCUGGCGCUUGAGACCGCUCCGGUGCACGACGCUGCGCUGUGCUACAGGUGCGUGUUGCCUGAACUAGGCGCCAGUUCGUCUUCGUCUUCCAUGAGGACAGCAGCAUCUGAGAAGAAAGAGUGUCUUCUGAAAGUGUCGGUUAAUGGGACAGAGGGGCCAGCCUCGUUGGCGGACGUGUUGCCCGCCCGGCAGCUCUGGUUACUUGGUCCGGUGAUCUUCUGCCUGCUGUCCUCUUCGCUGUAA